AUGGAAUGGACAUGGCUUAAAGAUUGGUGGCGCUUAAAAAAAUAUCGUUCCCAGCAAAAACGCCGUAAAUUAAAACAUGCCCAUUUGAUGGGUGAUCAUCCCACAACGCCUACAUCGGGGGAAAAUUGCAAUGAAAAUGACAAUGCAUCCAAUCCGAAUGGUGAUGAAGGUCAUCAUCACCGCCGCCGCUUGACUGAUGAUGACACUGUGGAAAUUGAUCCCAAUAAUAUAAAAUGUAAAAUGCGAAGAACUAGAAGACAACGACGACGUCGUAGUCGUGGUUGUCAAAAUGCACCAAGAAGGGGGUCAGCGAUUAACAAAGAAAAUGCCAAUAAAGAAGGCAUAGCCAAACAAGAUAAUUAUUAUGCAAAUGCGAACGUUGAUGGUGAUGAUGAUGAUGACGUUGAACGCAAUGUUGAAUUUGAGGACGGCUACGACGAUGACUACUACUAUGACAAUGAUGAUGAGGAAGAUGAUGAUGAAGUCGAUGACUUUUGCUAUUGUGAUGAAUGUUUGAAUGGCGACACCGAUUUCUGUGAAAGUAAUGACGGCAUGGAUUCCGAUGCCAGUACAUCCUCGAAUACCGGUAAACAAGUGGUUGUGGGCAUAUGUGCCAUGGCCAAGAAAACCCAAUCGAAACCAAUGAAAGAGAUUUUGACACGUUUACAAGAAUUUGAAUUCAUUAAAAUGGUCAUAUUCGAAGAGGAUGUUAUUUUGAAGGAACCUGUCGAAAAUUGGCCCAUCUGUGACUGCCUAGUUUCUUUUCAUUCUAAAGGUUUUCCCCUAGAGAAGGCCAUACAGUAUGCUCAAUUGCGUAAACCAUAUGUUCUAAAUAAUCUUCAUAUGCAGUAUGAUAUACAAGAUCGUCGCCGGGUCUAUGCUAUAUUGGAGAAGGAAGGAAUUGAAAUACCACGUUAUGCGGUAUUAGAUCGUGAUUCACCAGAUCCAAAACAACAUGAACUAAUCGAAUCCGAGGAUCAUGUUGAAGUUAAUGGUAUUAUAUUCAAUAAACCAUUUGUUGAGAAGCCCGUUUCGGCGGAGGAUCAUAACAUUUACAUUUAUUAUCCAACAUCUGCCGGUGGCGGUAGUCAACGUUUAUUCCGCAAGAUCGGUAGCCGUAGCAGUGUUUAUUCUCCAGAGUCGCGUGUUCGUAAAACUGGUUCAUUUAUUUAUGAAGAUUUUAUGCCUACCGAUGGUACCGAUGUUAAGGUCUAUACUGUGGGUCCCGACUAUGCCCAUGCCGAGGCACGUAAAAGUCCAGCGUUGGAUGGUAAAGUGGAACGUGACAGCGAAGGCAAAGAGAUACGCUAUCCCGUCAUACUGAAUCAUGCUGAGAAGCUAAUAUCACGUAAAGUUUGCUUGGCUUUUAAACAGACCGUCUGUGGAUUUGAUUUGUUGAGGUAAUGU